AUGAGCAUUGAGGAAUCUUUAAAUGCUCAUGGAUAUAUUAGUAAUGGACCAAUUGGCAAGGGAGGAUUUGGAAGUUGUUAUCUUAUUACAAGCACAAGAUAUAAUCAACAAUUUGCUUGUAAAGUUAUUGAUUCUGCAAAUCAUUCUAGCGAAGAAAAUACUAAUUCAUUUCACAGAGAAGUUUCCGCUUUAAUUCAUCUAGAUCAUCCGAAUAUUAUUCAGAUAUAUGAUGUUUUUGAAGAACAGCAGCAAAAAUUUAUUAUUUUAGAAUAUUGUUCGGGUGGAAACCUAAAAGAUUUAAUUGAUAAAUAUCAUGGUAUCAAAGGAGAUCUUCUUAUUCAAUAUUCCAUGCAAAUAAUUGAUGCUUUGAAGUUCUGUCAUUUUAAUGGUUAUUCUCACAAUGAUAUAAAGCCGGCAAAUGUAUUUAUUACAUCUCAUGGUCAGUUAAAGCUUGCAGAUUUUGGCUUAACAGAACAUAAUGUUUUAGAUACAUGUAAAUACGUCGGUUCUUUCGAUUAUAUGGCGCCUGAAGUUAUACAAAAGAUUCCUCACGACCCAAUGAAAUCAGAUAUUUGGUCGCUAGGCGUCACUUUAUAUCAGCUCGCCUCAGGUGAGCUUCCUUUUGGAGCCACCAACGGUUCUGAGCUUUUAUAUGAGAUAAAGAUGGGAUAUGAGAAAAUACAUGGCAUAGAUCAAGCUUUUAGCGCACUGAUUAAAAUGUGCCUUAGCAGAAAUCCCUUGAAAAGACCUUCAAUUACGCACGUCCAAAGUUGUGUGAAGAAGAUUAAAGAAAAUGAUUACAGUACACGCGAAUACGUUCUUCCUGCAAAAAGGAAUACUUCUAUGCUUCUUCCAAUGAAAAGGCGUUUGAUUGUAAUUCCAAAACUGAAGCAAUCAGCUUCUAAUAACUCAGCUCCCUACUUUUAUGCAUAA